AUGACUGUUAGCGCUAGCCUGCUAGCUAGGAAACGGUGAGCUUCGAGUUACUUAUUUAGUUAAUGGUCGUUAUUUCCCUCGUCAAAUAUGUCUGGUACUUUCAAAGUGUUGUAUAUUCACCGCAUUUAAGCAAGAGGACAACUAAAGAGGAGGAGCGUAACCCCGCAAAGAUGUCCGUGGACAGCAGAAAGAGGCCCUCAGUUUCCUCCAACUCCGGGAGCUUUGCUGUCUGGCCCUCUUCAUUCCGGAGGCAACCAGCCAGAGUGCUGAUUGUGGAGGCACUGCCGCCAUGGUGGACGGAGACCUGCACUGUGCUCUGCGACGCCCUGGAUAACUUCUUUGCCCUUGCCUGCAGUCUGGAUGGACCCUGUAGGAUACCGCUCCUCAGCCUGUACGCCCUCAGCAGGCAGCAGGAAUGUCUUCUGCCAUUUGUGCAGGUUCGCGGCAACUUGGCCAGGCUGCAUUCCUGCGUGGAGGAGCUGAGGUCUAUUCCAGGGGAAGGGUGCAUUAGGGGAGCAGCCAGAGGUGGGGAGCUGCUACGGCAGGCAGUGCUGGACAGUCUGCAGCAGUUUAAACAGUACAUCAGACACACCAGUACAGGAAACCAGGCCAACAACAACACAUCCGUGGAGGUUACUGUGGUGACCGGCCAGCCGGGGCAGGGAAUCGUCCGCCAGUUGGAGAUGGGCCUCAAAGAUGCCGACCUGGUGUCACUCAAGCGACUCUUGGUCGUGCAGACCUACAGUGGAGGAGACUGGGGCCAGGACACUCCCUCACCUGAAGCCGCACUGUACACUGAGACUGAUGAGGGUCUGAUGUUGGGGACGGAGGUCGACCUGCAGCGAGUGGAAAACAGUGUGUUCGCCAUGGAAAGCGUGUUGAAAUCCUGGCUUCAAGAGCAGGCAGGGGACAGAGAGCACCUCCACCUCCUGCUGCCGAGCCCAACGAACAGUCCUAUUCCAGUGUGUGUGAAGUGCGACAUGCAGGAGCGUCUGAUAAGCCCUGCACUCAUCCACCUGACCCCAAACCUGGGAAUGGAUACUGAGAGUGUCCGCCACUUCCUGCCUGUCACCAAGAGCUUGGCCAAUCAGAGCCCACAGCCACAGAGACUGAACGUAAUCAAGGCUCUGCGUGCAGACGGCGUGUGUGAGAGCGUGUUAUAUGGCCUGCCAUUGUUGAUCCGCCCCACCACCUGCUGGCAGCUGGACUGGGAAGAAAUGGAGACCAACCACAACUUGUUCCAUGCUCUCUGCCACACGCUCAGGAGUCGUGACUUGUUCCUGCUGCUGCAGGUGGAGCCUGUCCAGAGGUCUACAGCUGGAAACUCAGGUGUGUGUUCUCACUACCUCCUCCAGCCGUCCCCGUCUCUCACCCUCCUCCUGAAGCCUGUGGUCUCCAGAGAAUUGCUGCUGCCCUGCUCACUGCCUGGCUCGACUCAGGAACCUGCACCUGACGCCAUGCACACUGUACAGAGUUGUCUAACUCAGCUGGAUGAGGACAUUGUGUUCAACCCUGUCUCUCUGAGCAGUCACCUCUACCAGCACCUCCGGAGCAGAGGCCUGCUCUCAAAGCCACGAUACCCAUACAGGCUCCAGACAGCAGCUGUCAUUAGAGACCAGCCUCGGCCACCAGAGGGCGCUAAGACCACAGCCAGCCGACAGCCUCGGCAGCCGCAAAACCAGAGUCGCCAACUGGGAACAAACAGCAAGGUCAGGGCCACCGUGGCUCCGAUGCCCUCUUCCUCCUCCCACUCCGCCUCCUCUUCCUCCUCCCUGGGGCCUCCCUCCGCUAAGGCCUCCCGACCCGCUCUGACGCUCCUGGGCAGCGGCGGUAGAAGCCCCCGGGCCCCGGCUCCUUCUCGACUGGAGGAAGACGACGAUGACCCCUCGGUGAUACAGUGAGAAACAACCGGAGGGUGAGUGGAAGAAAGUGGGCCGAGAGAGAACGAUACGAUGACAGGAGAGAGGGAGGUAUAGAAAGGAGGCAGUGAAGUACAAUCAUAACAAGCCAAUUAACACAGAGACACUUUUCUCACGUUCCCCUGCAUCCACACACACACAAACACACACACACACUGGGGCUUGUUAAAUUCACAUCUAGCUAAUGUUGUCCAUGUGGUUACAAUAAACAGAGAGAGAAAUAAGCUGUGAAAAGAAGCUGUAACCGCCCAGAGUGCAGAACAAAAUAAGUGUG